AUGGAUUCUCUAGAUGAGGUGAAAGACCAUAUCAGAUUUUCUAUUUGCAAAAUUCAAAGAAGUCUAAGACUAUUUCACUCAAAACUGCAAAAAGCCCAAGGAAAGUUCCUUCACCGAAUAACAGCUCGCCGUGGAUGGUCCCUUGAGCCAGUCUAUAUUAUAGGGACUUUUUCAAAGUUGCCAUGGGAAGAUCGCAUCCCGAUGACAUAUUCACUUUCAAAAAAAGACUUUUUCAUUGAGCUGUGGCUUGCACCAGAGGUUGAAUUUCUCCUCGUCAAAAAAGAUUUUAAAUUCCUUAUUGACGAUUUCCCUAAAAGGCUUAACAAAUCAGGAAUUUUGGUGAAUUAUAUCCCGAGGCUCAACACACACCACACUGAAAUCUACAGGCCGAUUAAAAACAGCAUGCCGAAAUGCUCUGCAUUUCGGUUCAAAAGCGGAGGAUGCAGCAUUGGGAAACAUCCUGACUUUAAUGAAGACGCUUAUUUUAUAACCCCUUCAGUAAUUGGAGUCGCUGACGGAGUAGGAGGCUGCUUAUGCGAUUUUGGGAUUUCUAGCGCGGAUUUUGCGAGUGAAUUGAUGAGUUAUUGCAAAGAAUACGCUCAAAAUAUUGAUUUAAAUGAUUUAAAUAUAUCAGAAAAAGCUUUUAAUGCCAGAAAAUUAUGCAAAGAAAUAGUCAGUAAAGCGUAUUCGCAGGUCAUGAGCGGAGGCAGCACAACUUAUCUUUUGGCGUCAAUUUUUGGAAGAAAGCUCCAUAUUUCAAAUCUAGGGGACAGUGGGUUGAUGAUAAUAAGGUUCACUAAUAAUAAGGGCAAAAUCUUGUUUCAAACGUCUGCAAAGCAGCAUUCGUUUAACACCCCGUUCCAGCUGUCUAGGAAAUUUUCAGCAAAACAGAUGAAGUGGGAGCAAGACCAGAAAAAAGCAAAAAAUGGAAUUAGUGAUCAUAUUAAUGAGCUGAAGGGAUUUUAAACAUAUUUUUGACUGAAAUUGAUAAAGAGGGUGUUUUAGGGUAAAAGAAAAAAAAAAUUAAUGAUGCAGAUGAUUAUAUGAUCAGUGUAGAAAUUGGAGAUAUCGUUAUUAUGGGCUCUGAUGGAGUAUGGGAUAACUUGUAUAGUGAAGAAAUUUUGAGUGAAGUAGAAAGAUGCUAUAAUACAGGGGAAAUUAACCCAGAAGAAGUUGCAAACAAUAUUGCGAAUUUGGCAAAGAUGAAGUCAAUUGGAGGGUCGAGCACUCCUUUUGGGGAUGAAGUUAAGAGGAAAAUGGGACAAGAAUGGAAUGGCGGAAAGAAAGAUGACAUAACAGUUGUUUUGUCAUUAGUGCUGCCUGGAGAUGAUAUAAAUUAA